AAGACCCGUUGGACAAACAACAAUGCACUAUCGUGUAGUGAUGGCAACUUGUGCACAAGAAAUGAUCGCUGCCUGAACGGCGUGUGCAAAGGAACUGCAUUCACGUGCAGAUCAUGCGAAAGCUGUAAUGGUUAUGGGUGCAGCAUUAAGCCUGGUUACUGUGUGAUUGGUGGGAAUUGUUACAGAAACGGGGAUUUUCGACCUGGAAAACCAUGUCAGAAAUGCAACGACAACAACCCAACAAGAUGGACAUCAGCACACAACAACCUCAAGUGCAAUGACAAGAACGUGAAAACGAGAAACGAUUUGUGUUGGGAGGGAGAAUGUCGCGGCCAGCCGUACACGUGUCUGACAUGUCAAGAUCAUUACGACGACACGUGUAAAUUGAAGCUUGGGAAUUGCAUCAUCAAGUACAACAAUACCGAGACGUGUUAUGGCGCAAACAUGAAAAAACCUGGAAACCCCUGUCAGUGGUGUAGUCCAAAUGUAACAACGUCAACAUGGACAAACAGAAAUGGUACGUCCUGCGACGACGGACAGAAGUGCACACGAUCGGACAAGUGUCAAGACGGCCAGUGUGGAGGAAUCAGUUUCCAAUGCACCUCACCGUGUCAAUACUGCGACGGAACUGCUUGCAGUUUACACACUGGAUUCGGAUAUGUGGCAGGGAAGUGUACUUGCAAAAUUGUAGGCAAAGAGUACAGUCAUCAACAACUAAAUCCGAGCAACGAAUGUCAAUGGUGUGAUUUGUACCAUAAUGCUUCCAAAGCAAGUUCGUUGUGGACUAACAAACCUGCCGUCCUUUGUAACGAUAGCAACGCUUGUACCAAAAAUGAUUUAUGUAACAACGGUCGAUGUAUCGGCGAGGCAUUCAGUUGUAACUCAUCGUACCCACAGUCCAGUUGUAUACAGCGUUCUGAGUGUGUGGGUGAUGGUUCAUGUAGGGAUAUCGUGAGAAAAAGAGGAACGAUAUGCCAGUCAGCUGUGGAUAAAUGUGAUCAACCUGAAAGAUGCGAUGGCUUGUUGGGAACAUGUCCGCUACAGACAAUCGACAACAUUAAAAUUAACUCCGGCCAGAUCGCUUUAACUCUUUCGAACUUUUCACAUGUGGCGUUCUAG